UGUCUUGACAUCGACUCACAGGUGGCAGGGGGCGUGUUUCCGGCCGCAGACACUCAGAUCAGAAGAAGACGAAGAAGAAAAAGAAGACGAAGAAGAGGGAGGAGGAGGGAGUUUGGUGCUGUUAGGUGCUUUGUUACUGUGGAGACCACUGUUACAAAAGAGGACCACAGUGAGGUCAUCAUGGCGAACAAGACAGAGGUCCAUGCCUCAGACCAAAUCUCCUCUCCUGAUGAAGAGCUAACGAAGCCCGCUGGACGCCGUCCCCGCCGCCGAGCUGCCGCCACUUUUGGUAGGCGAGUCCAGAGAGGGAAGAGGCGGGGUGCAGGUGAGAAGAGGUGUGGUCAGAAGGAGAAGAGACGAGGGCAGGAAGACAAGAAGGAGGGCGUGACGGUGAAGAGGACAUGGAGCGACGGGAAGCGGCGGUGGGAUAAGAAACAUUACUGUGUGUUUUGUCGGCGACCACAGGUGAAGAUUGCUCGCCACCUGCUGAGGAAACACGCUGACCAACAGGAAGUGGCCGCCGCCAGUGUGCUGCCGACAGGCUCCAAACAACGCCACGUACUGCUGGAGCACCUGCGCUGCAGGGGCAACUACCUGCACAACAUUGAGGUGAUCAGACAGGGUAAUGGUGAGAUCGUCCCGUGGCGUCAGCCCUCAGAGGAAGUUGAUGCGAGGAACUACCUGCCCUGCCCACUCUGCCUCGGGUUCUUUCUUCGUGCUGACCUGUGGAAACAUCAGGCGUCCUGUCGUAAGAAGAUGACCUCUGAUCCUUCUACAGACUCAGCCUCCACGGCAGAGAAGACCACUGACCCUGUGCAGGACACAACAGGUGAUUCAGGAAGUAAGUUGGAUCCACCAGACAACCGGACCUCCAAGACAGAGGCCACGCAGUCUGACCCCUCAGGAGACACAACCAAAACAGACCAGAUCAGGGCCUCUGAGACCAGUGCCAAACGACUCAUUAGCUGUGAUCCUGGAGUGGAUCAGAACACGACCUCUCACCCUGGCACAGACCGGCCCAGGAAGCGCACCAGGGUCCAAGCUGCAGCAUCCCGUCUCCUUCCAAUUUCCAGUGGAGCAUCUGAGAGCUGCAGUGAAGUCCUGCACCGGAUGAACCAGGACCACGUCUCACACCAGGUCAAAUCUGAUUGGCUGAUAUGUAAAUUUGGAAACAAGUUAAUGGAGAAUCAGGACGGCAGCCAAAGGAGGUACGACUAUGUCAGUCAGAAGCUGCGGGAGCUUGGCAGGUUCCUCCUGGCUGCUAAAUCUCUGGACUCGAGCGUUCAAACCCUGCAUGACCUUCUGGCUCCGGGCUGCCUCAGCCUGGUGCUGGACGCUGCCAGGAAGGCAUCCGGAUACCGCUGGAGCCGCCCUCCGUUGGCGGUUAAGACGACACUUAAGACGGUUUGUGAGAUUGCCAUUGGAGAGAGUCUGCAGGACGGAGACUGGGAGGCUGCAGCCAAGACCACUGACUUCUACCACCUGCUUGGAAGGGAGUGGGACAACCUGGGGCUGUUGAACCCCGACACAGCAGGAGGAGCUAAGAUGAAGAAACAAUCAUUCCAAUCAAGAAGUGAGAAUGAGUGUAAAGAGCGGAGUCCAGAGCAGUCUGAUCCAAGACCAGAGGCUCCGUCACAGACCAGUGACCAACCAUUGACCUCCAUGAUUCCUCCAGAGUCCAGACAGCAGACAGUCCCUGUGGUUCCCAGGAAGGUCCGACGUCGCCCAUGGUCGUCUGCAGAGAAGGAGGCAGUCUGGAGACAGCUGGGAGUCCACGUACUGUUCCAGUCGGUACCAGGAAAGGAGGUCUGUCAGCGCUGUCUGGACCGGGAACCUGUCCUCAGAGGACGACACUGGAAAGACAUCAAGAACCAGAUCCAUAACCAGAUCCAGAGCCAGAAAAAGCAGCAGUUCCAUGCGCAGAUGGACCUUCAGGAGAAGCAAGAACACGAUCAAACCCAGAACCAGAUGGAUCAAAAUGACCAGAAUAAGAAGAAACCCCAGUACCAAGUCCAGAUGGAUACCCAUGACCAGGACCACAUCCAGAACAAUAAAAAACAGCAGUACCAGGCCCAGCUGGACCACCCUCAGAUCCACAAAAAGCAGCUGUGCUAUGCUAGACUGGACCACCAGGACCACAUUCAGGUCCAAAAGAAGCAGUUGUACCAAAUGGACCAGCAGACCCAGGGACUGCAGACCACCCUGGACCGGGACCCUUCUUUAUUGACAGGUACACUUUACGGACAUGACGUGCCACAACAAGCCCCUCUGUUGGACCGGGACCCCACCAUCAGUCCAUACCCACUUCCACACCGGACCCUGGGGCCUCACAUUGACCAGCUGCUGUCCAGAACAGACUGGACUGAAGAGUCUUUGUCUCAGCACUUCCCAGUCAGCAGGCAGCUAGACAGGAACCUGCUCCAGGACCCAGCACCAGGAGGACUGCCAGCCAAUGCACAUUCAGGACACGUCCACUUCUGAUGGACACGUCCACUAAUGACGAUACUGUUUGAUGAAGCAGAACGGCUCCUUAAAGGAACCGUUCUUCCUCUGCUCCUCCUGAUGAUAUAAAGUCAGGUGCAGUGUCGUAGUCCACAGGACAGUUCUGGAGCUUCACAGUAAAACAGAGUUGUAGCAUUCUGCUAAACAACUGAAGCAGCUGGAGACAUGAUUUACAUCAGGUUCAGAGUGUUUGCUGUCUGUCUCCAUGGUGACAAAGACGAAGGUCCAUCUGUGGCAUAAUUGAUAUUUACAGAUGAUCCCUUUAAUAGUACUGUUCUCCAGCCAAUCACCUGUCAGUAUUGUUGUUGUCAGUUGUCCUGCCGAUGGAUUACUGAUGACUCUGUUUUCACCUGGACUGGUGUCCAUGGUAACUGAUGCUGCACACCUGAGCCGGGAUGGACGAUAGUCUCUAUGAGCCAUAUAGAUUUUCAGACUGGCAUGUUAGUGAUGUCAACAUACGAGGCAGGUUUGUUGCCACGAGCAGCUGGAGUGAUGGACGGUGUCGGAGCCGAGUGUUGCUCCAGGCUGAGUCGGGACCACAGACGUAAACAAAUGAUGAAAUAAACUCUCUGACAUCAUCA